GUUUUAAGCAACACCCAAAGCACCGCACAGACUUGCGUUCCUUUUUCUUCUCCUUCUUCUUCUUCUUCUUCGCAUUUCCAUUAUCAUUUUUACCUGAUCGUGACUUAACAAAGAUCGAUUUGAUAUCAUAUGGUAUUACCACUGCAUGAUCAUCAUGAUGACUAUACAACGACCGAUCACGAUAAUGACACAAAGGUAAAGGUAAAAAAGGGAUUCUUACGUAAAUCGUUCGACGUUCUUUUCACUGAUGGUCGCGGUACGAUACAUAUACUACGAUGGACGGGAUUUCUGAUCGUUUUAUGGAAUGAAAGGCUCGCAUUCCUUCUCACUUCUCUACGUUGCAUUCCCUCAGAUCAUGCUUCUACUUCCAAAGAUCCAAUUUCUAAUCCAGGUGUACACCGAAUGAUGAUCACAAUCUUGGCAGAUCCACAAUUGAUCGAUCGAGAGUCGUACGAACAUUUGAAUGAUUUACCCCUAGGUUUAAACAAGGUGGCAUAUAAAGUCGUUCGCUGGGCCGCAAAUACGUACGUACGCAAAGCCUUCCAAGCAGUUGUUCGAAUCCAAGGUCGUGCUCAAAGCGAUUCAGUGAUUUGGUUGGGCGAUCUGUUGGAUGGCGGAAGAAGAGCGGUUAAUACAAACGAAGACGUACUACAGUACGAACGCCAUGUUUCAAGGUUCAAGAGCCUAUUUCCGGAACGUGUUCCGACUGUCUAUGUUCCUGGAAAUCAUGAUAUUAGGAUACCCUUGACGCACAAUGUCAUUUUCGAAGGUGAAAGUCUAGAAUCUCGUCGACGUUGGUUACAAUCUUGGGGGACGUGGUAUGACGUUGAACGCAAGAGGUACACUUGGUCUGUCGGGCAAUCGGUCAAAGACACCGGUGCUCAAUUGCAUCAUACGAUCACAAGUAGAAACACCAAAGGAGGUAAAAGAGAACACAUCGAUUCGCUUUACCAGAAAAGAGAAAAGCAAGUUUUUGAUCAACAUCAAAAGAGAGCACCUCUUCCUUCCUUUUCACAGAAAUCACCUUCACAAAGAGUGAUCUUGCGACCGAAAGGCGGCCCUCAACGGAUUGUAAUCGAAUCGAAUGACUGGAAGAGAACGGUAAAUGCUCGGUUUCCAUUGUACUUGAACAGCAACAGUGAAAAUCCAACGCAUGAAAUCGCAUUAGUGGAUGCCUUGCACCUUGCAGGAAUGUCACCUGCUACUUCAUCUUUCGACAAUAAGGAACAAGAAGAUUUGGAUUCGGCAUGGUUGAAACAACACGAUCAUCUUGAUUUUCAACAACAGAUCAAAGAUUCACAAUGGUAUAAAGAGGGAAAGACACGAUUUCCAGAGACGAUAGACUUUAUCGAAGGCAUACAAAGCACAUCUGCAGCAAGCACUUCGGACGUACAAGAGCCUGUGCGAAUCUUGAUUUCGCAUAUACCUCUUCAUAGACCAGCUGGCACGCCAUGUUCAACGCAGCAUUCUCUCACGAGUACGAAUAGCUCAGAUCAAGCGGUCCGCAUCGAUGAUCAAGGCUGGCAUAGAGAAUCCUUUCAUAGGGAUAGUAUCGAACAAGGCGUUGAUCAGUAUGCAACUUAUCAAAACGCUUUGGCAAGACCGGUAUCCAAAUGGCUCUUACAUCAUUCCAAUGCAAAAUUGAUCUUUUCUGGAGAUGAUCAUGAUCAUUGUCACGUUCGACAUCAAUAUUCGCAAGAGGAUGAUCAACAAGGCCAUUUUGCUGAAGAGUUAACAUUAAAAGCUUUCAGCAUGACCGGAGGUGUACGUAAACCUGGUUAUGCAAGAUUGCUUUUGAAUUGGGAUGAUCAAUUGCAAAAAGCCAGUGCGAUCGCCAUGCCUUGUGCUUUACCUGAUCAAAUUGAGAUUUGGACAAAAGUGUACCCUUUGAGUUUAUCAGCAUUAAUCUUGUUUUUGAUUAUCGAUCGUAAAUGGAUAUUUGGGAGAGGAAUAGAUCGAUGGAUGAGAGAUAAAAUGAUCGGAUUUCAUUCUUCUUCUAAUGCAUUUCCCAUCACACCCCUUCGCUCUACAACGGGUGGAUUCGAAGCAAGGGCUAGAAGAGAAAUCAGAAGGACAGCUAUGCUGAAUAGACCAAUUUUUAUAGAAAGGAAUAUUCUACGAGAAGUACGGGGGAUGAUUUUGCUACCAUUGAUAGUUUGGCUUUGGUUACAAUUGUUUUAAUAUGAUCAUCAAUUUCAUUAUCAAGAUAGCAGGCUGUCCGUUGAG